GCGGUGGAGACGCGGUGGAGCGCGGGGUGGGUUCAGUGUGGCUGUGGCUGUGGCAGUGGGAAAUCGGGGAAAACUGGGAUCCAAAGAGCGGGGACUGGGUCGUGACUGAACGGGCCGGACACGGGCCUGUGCGCGCGGGCUUCUCCUCCUGAGCUUCUCUUCGGAUUUUCCAGCUGCGACUGCGGCUUUUCUCCUGGAGCCUCCGGGUCCGCGCUGUUGGAUCGUCCCUGGUGAAGUGCUGGAGCUGGACUGAGCAGGAGCACACCAAAGAUGGAGCAGUUGUCAGACGAGGAGGUGGAGGUGAGAGAGGAAGACGGUGAUGAAGAGGAGGAUAGUGACAAAGAAGACCAAGAUCUGGACAAGAUGUUCGGAGCCUGGUUAGGAGAGCUUGACAAACUCACACAGAGCCUGGAUGACGGCCGCCCGACUGACCGCUCCAAACAGCAGAAAGCCCCUCUCAGGCAGGAGACGAACAUGGCCAACUUCUCAUACAGAUUUUCAAUUUAUAACAUAAACGAGGCGCUGAACCAGGGAGAGAACGUUGACCUGGAUGCCCUCAUGGCCGACCUCUCGUCCAUCGAACAAGAACUCAACACGAUCAACACCAAACCCGGCGCUGGCGGCAUGGCUCGGCUCGGGCUCACGGACACGAAGGUGCGUCAGAAGCCCCCCGCAGGUCGCAGUAGCACCAGGCAGACAGCAGGGGGCAGCGGCAUCAACAGCGUGAGCGGAGGGGGCACCAGCAGCGGGGCCAGCAGCAGCAGUAGCAGCACCAGAGCGUCACCCGCGGGAACCAUCCGAGCCGCCCCGGGGCAUCACGGGAGACCGGCGCUGGCGUCCAACUUCAGUCUGGACGACAUCACGGCUCAGCUGGAGAAGGCGUCUCUGAGUAUGGACGAGGCCGCACGGCAGACCUCCUCCCACUCUCUAAGCUCCGCCUCCUCUUGCACCUCGGCUCCGCUGCGCCGCCCCGGGUCCUCCGCUCGCCAGCACAGACGCACGGGGUCAGUGGGCACCGUCAGCGAACACGAGGUUCGUUCUAUCGUCCAGUCGUCCCGUUCGUCCGUCACAUCGGCGUCGGGCGUUUCCGUGAACUCCGCCUCCUCCAUGGACUCUCUGGACAGUGUUCUCCGAAAUGAAGAUGGACAGUGCUCAAAGGGGCCAGAAGAGGGCGCCGGACACAGCAGCAGCACAGAGCACUCCUAUCUGGACAGGGAAACCUCACUGAUUCUGAAAAAUAUAGCAGGGAAGCCCAGCCACCUCCUGACCAAGGAGGAGCAAGCCGCCAAGUUAAAAGCCGAAAACAUCCGCGUGGCUCUGGAGAAAAUCAAAGAGGCCCAGGUGAAGAAGUUGGUGAUCAGGGUUCACUUGUCGGACGAGAGCUCCAAGACCAUGAUGGUGGACGAGAGGCAGACGGUCAGACAGGUUCUGGACAGUCUCCUGGACAAGUCUCACUGUGGGUACAGCCCAGACUGGUCUUUAGUGGAAACUAUCAACGAGCUGCAGAUGGAGCGUAUCUUUGAGGAUCACGAGAACCUGGUUGAGAACUUGCUGAACUGGACCAGAGACAGUCAGAACCGGCUGAUGUUUACGGAACGAAUUGAGAAGUACGCCGUAUUCAAAAACCCUCAGAACUAUUUGCUGGGGCGUAAGGAGACGUGUGAGAUGACCGAAAGGAACAAAGAAGCUCUAUUGGAGGAGUGUUUUGGAGGCACCUCUGUGUCUGUGCCUGAGAUGGAGGGAGUGCUGUGGCUCAAAGAAGACGGCAAGAAAUCGUGGAAGAAGAGAUACUUUCUGCUGAGGGCGUCUGGUAUUUACUACGUCCCCAAAGGAAAGGCCAAGGCCUCUAGAGACCUGGUGUGCUUCCUCCAGCUGGACCAUGUGAACGUGUACUACGGCCAGGACUACAAGAGCAAAUACAAGGCUCCCACAGACUACUGCAUGGUCCUCAAGCAUCCUCAGAUCCAGAAGAAGUCGCAGUACAUCAAGUACCUCUGCUGCGACGACGUCCGAACCCUCCAACAGUGGAUCAACAGUAUUCGCAUCGCCAAGUACGGGAAACAGCUGUAUAUUAACUACCAAGAGGCCGUGAGGAGGUCUGAGGCGGCUUAUGACUGGUCUUCCCUGUCGUCGUCUUCUAUCAAGUCAGGAUCUAGCUCUUCAAGCCUUCCAGAAUCCCAGUCGAACCACUCCAGCCAAUCAGACAGCGGCGUGUCCGAGCUGGCCUCAUCGAGCCACACCCGCUCCCAAAGUGUGGUCAGCUCCAUCUUCUCCGACGCCUGGAGGAGAGGGACUCAAGGAGAGAUGAUGAGGAUCGACCCGAUCAGUAGGCCCAUCCCGGUGCAGAUCCCGACGCUCUCCACGCAGCCGCUGUCCCUGUCCCAGCCCACCACCCCUCGAACCAGCUACACCGAAGAACUCAACUCCGACGAGUCCACCCCAUCGCCCCCGUCGCCCCCGCCCCCUCCUCCUCCGCCCCCCGUGGAGCCCGUGGCCCACCAGCCGACCGCUACCUCCUCCUACGUCAAAUACAGCACACUGGCUCGUCUCCAAAACCAGAACCAAGCGAGACCCGGAGUCGUCCUUAACGCCAUCCAGGCGCCGUCAAGCAAGUCCAACUACAACACUCUUCCAGCGGGAUACAACACCGGAGCGCCGCAGCCUCCGUCACCCCCGCCUCCUCCGCCUCUCACCGUCCCCGCCCCUGGAUCAGCCAUGGCGGUGCUCAAGUACGGUCCUCCGAGCCCCUCUUCUGGCCUCCCCCCGCCUCCGCCCAUAGAGGAGAUACCCCAGGAACCCUCCUAUCUCCCCCCUCCACCACCAGAGAGUCUCGAGGAGAACGGUCUGCCCCCGCCACCUCCACCUGAGCCUGUUCCAAACUCUUGCGCCCAGCUCUCCAAUGCUGGUUUGCAACAGUUCUUAGCCCAAAAGUUUCCUAAUAUGGUUUAUGAUUUCAGCCAAAAUGAGGAAAACACAGCACCACCGCCAACCGAGUUGUCGCCGCCGGCCACGCUCCCGAACGCAAGACCCUUGUCGCCAAAUGCCCCGCCCCCAGCACCUCCAAAAACGUUCACAAGCCCCUUCCCGCCUCAAUCCGCUCGCAAACUGUCAGGGCCGGCUUCACUUCCGAUGGCUCUGUCCCCAGUGUCCCCCACGCAACCAUCGAGCACGCAUGGAUCAUUCAAAAAGCAGCAAAGUUUUUCUACUGGACACUCCCCAAAUCAGCCUCCGCCCACUCUACCCAAACAGCACAGCCUGUCCUCCAAAAACCUCACUGCCCUCUCCCCUUCUGCGUCGUCAGCGUCCGUGUCCAUCGCUGCCGCUACCUCCUCGUUGGUUAAACAGAUCGUCAAUCAGUUCCCUGGAAAUUCCCCGCCCUCCUCUCUGCCAAUGUCCAACUCCACUGAGAUGUGCAAAUCCGGCGCUCCGCAGUCUCCUCCGGCGGUCAAAGCCAAACCAAAAUGGCAGCCAGGAGGAGUGGUCCAGUCACCGGAGUUCCCCCCACCGCCAAACGAUAACUUCCCGCCUCCUCCUGCUUCUAACAGCUCGUCGAAAACUGGAUCGCCAAUAAAGAAGUCGCCCUCCUCUUCCUCCACCGGGUCGAGCAAACGUGGGCCUCCCCCGACUCCACAGAGAGCCUCGUCAAUGCGCUCAAAUUCGGGGGAAGUGGCGGAAGAACGGCCCAAGAAGGUGGAGAGCCUCGUGAAUAAAUUUGGAGCUCAAACUGCGACGUCGUCCAGUUCAUCAUCAGCAACUGGAUCUCCGUCGAAGGAGUCGUCUGCUCCGUCAGCUCCUCCCAAACCGGGCAAACUGAACCUGGCUAAUCUGCCGUUAGCUCUGCAGGGGCUACAGACUGGACAGCAGACCGAGUUCCCCUCCCCUCCUCCUCCGCCUCCGCCCUCUCAGCCGCUGCACAUCGACUCCCCCGAUUACUUCCCUCCUCCCCCCAGUGACUCUGAGCUGUUCCCGCCCCCGCCGCACCCGUCUGAAUUCCACCACCCUCCCAAAGUCGCGGUUGUGAAUCCUCAGCCUCAAAUGCAGCAGAAUCCGGCGUCAUGGAAACAAAGCUCUCUGAAAAAAGGUGCGGUACCUCCUCCCACACUGUCGAGGCGCACCAGCAACACGCCCCAGUACGACAUGGCGCCGAUCUCAGUGCCCCUUUCCCCGCCCCCCAUGUCCCAAACCCCGCCUCCCUCCUUAACAUCCUACUCGUCCUCUUCCUCGCCCGUGCCUCCCACUUCUCCUAAAUCCGUGGGUCCCGCCUCCCUCGCACUUAAGUCCAACUUCCUCGAAGACCUGAACCGCACCCUGAAGAGGAAGUCCGUUUCUCGUCACGGGUCGCUCACCUCCUCCCACCUCAUCACCUCAUCCAAGAUGGAGCCCAUGGCCACGAUGGACGACAUGGCGCUUCUCCCGCCUCCUCCCCCCGAGCUCAUGCAGCAGCAGCAGGGGAGCCGCGGGCAUUCCAAGACUCUGUCCCGCCACCACACGCACUCCCAGUCCGCCAAACACGCUAACAUCUCAGGCUAUGCAACGCUGCGGAGAGGCCCGCCCCCCGCACCGCCCAAAAGGGACCAAAGCACCAAACUGACCAGUGAAUGGUAGAGGCGGACGAGUCUAGAGAGAGGAUCCCAAAACUGUGUGUAACGGCUGUGACGAGACGACGUGUUGUUUACCCUAUAGAUUCUGCUAUAGGAAGAAUUACCCCCGACUUUAAUUUCAAUUGGUUUGUUAAAAAUACUCUACCUCUUUGUCGAAACAGGACCGAGAGCGAAUCAGAACAGUCACAUUUUAGCCAAUGGGAACACUGCUAUCUCCUCCUCUACAGGUCUGAGGUUCGGGCAAAGACGCUGGCGAAGCCUAAAGAACUUAUCAUGAAAACACGUCUCAACAUUUACCAGGAAGUAGCAAACCCAGUUCCCUAAUCUUAAUAUAAGAUGAUACUCGUUCCCAUUAUUCUCAUUAUUAAUAUUACCGAUACAUGUGUUAAUCCAAUGAGUAAAUCUAUAUCUGUGUAUGUAACAUAUGUAUACAAGCCAGAAAUGUCACAUACUAAGCUUUUUCACGAUGUCUGUGCAGCUUUGCAAAUCAAAAGUAUAAAACGAGACUUGAACGACAACAGCAUCAGAAAGCUGCAUUCGAUCUGGUACUGCAUGGAGCCGCGGCUAAGGACGUAGCAUUAAGAUGAAGGGAUGAAACGCAGAAGGAAUAAGCCGGGAAGGAACGAUGUAAAUAAAUGAAACUUGAGGAGCGGGACACUCUGAGAAGGAGCAUCGCCAUUUUUAAACUUUUUGUGUUUUUAUAUAAGAUUAUUUAAUACUGGAAAGAUAUUAUUAUUAUUAUUAUUUUAAGUUUAUAGAGUCAAGACGAGUGAAUUUGACUGGAUGUGUCCCCUGUUGCAAUGAGUUUCCAAACUUAAGCCGUAGUUUGGGUUGUUGUUUUUUUUCCAUUUUCGUUCUAUUUAUAGUUUGUCGCUAUAGUAAUAACAGACACUAUGCAUCGGUUUCUCUCCUUUGGAAAUGUGUGGAGUCAAAAAGUCAAAGAAAGGACUGUUAUUUACGGACAAAUCGCCCUGAAGUGUGUGAGCUCAGCCUUAACAUGUCUGUGUGUGAUUCUGAAACAGGAGUCUGAGGCCGUCUGUGGAGUCCAUAGACCGUAAACACCGUCUAUAUAUACUGCAUAUAUAUAGAGGCUGUGUAUAUAUGUCUAUGGUCGAGUCCUUGGCCGGUGCGAUCGUUCUUCGUUAGAUUGAACAUCAGUAACUGCACUGAACUCUGUUUGAGCGAUCGUCCGUUUUCUACUUAAUAAACCAUUCACAAGUUUUGUCAGUUUAAA